AGGGGGCGGGCCGGCGGCCGGGGGCGGACAAUGGGGGCGCGGGGAGGUGGCGGCAGGAAAAUGGCAGCGGCCGGAGGCACCGCGGGACGUUCGGCGGCUGUCGUAGCCGCGCGGCUGCCGCUCUCGGCCUGCCUGCUGGCCGCCGUCGCCUCGUUGGCUGCCGUCAAAGUAUCGGCAGUAGAAGUCACCACACCAGAGGAGAUAUUUGUGGAGAAUGAAACAGACGUAAAGCUUCCAUGCACAUUUACAUCCGUGGAGGUGAUCAGCAGUGCAGCAUCUGUUUCUUGGAGUUUCCAACCAGAGGGAGCUGCAACUCGUAUCUCAUUUUUCUAUUACUCUAAUGGAAAGCCGUACACUGGAAAGGACAUACCAUUUAAAGACAGAGUCACUUGGGCUGGAGAUCUUAACAAGAAAGAUGCUUCUAUCAGUAUAUCAAACAUGCAGUUCCAGGACAAUGGCACUUAUAUUUGUGAUGUCAAGAACCCACCUGAUAUUGUUGUCAAACCAGGAGAAAUCCGGCUUAGAGUUGUGGAGAAAGACAGCCUGCCUGCGUUCCCCAUUGCCAUGGUGGCAGGGAUAGUCAUCGGUACGGUUACAGGUCUCACACUGCUCAUCUCUAUUGUCGUGUGUCUUGUUAUGAGAAAGAACAACUCUAAAAAACGUUACUCUGGCUGCGGUACAUCUGAGAGCUUGAUGUCACCAGUUAAGCAGGCUCCGCAGAAGUCGCCCUCCGACACAGAGGGUCUGGUAAACAGCGUACCCGCCAGAUCACACCAGGGCCCAGUCAUUUACGCGCAGCUAGAUCACUCCGGAGGACAGCACAGCAACAAGAUUAACAAGUCAGAGUCUGUGGUCUAUGCUGAUAUUCGGAAGAACUGAGAUGUGAUCCUAACCUGUCUAUAGCAAAACAUUCAGACUGGAAUUGCUUAAACAAAAUUUGACCCAGAGAACUCACAUGUGGCCUUUGAUGCCUAGGCUAGGACCAAUGCAUGUGCAUACAGAGGGAAAGAUAUAUAUGUAUUGUGUGUAAAUAGUCUAUUUAAUCGUAGAGAAGUGAGACCAAUGUUGCAUGUUGAAAUGCGCUAAGAAUUCUGCUUAUAAAUUGCCAAUAUUCUUUUUGUAUCUUGUAUGAUGAGAGAGAAAGUGCAAACUCACAUCAUAAUUUAAGAAUAUUUUUAUUGUAUCAAUGGAGAAACUGGAAGAUGCCUGAGGAUUCUAGAUUGACCUGGAGAUUUUUUUUUGUUUAUAGGACCUAAUUUCUUUCAUUGUUGUUGAGGUGAAUACAAAAAAGGUAACUUUCACAGGGUAUUCAUAUUUUCUUGGUCAGGUUGUCAGUACAAAAGCUGCCUUCUCCUAUGAGGUAGACAUUCUCAUUUGGUCUUGUAAGCAGAAUUGUGACUCCUAGCUAUCAGAAAUAGAUGUCUUACCUCUGCAAGUAAAGAAAAUGUUCAGAUCUACCUGACUUGUCUAACACAGUUCACCGAAUUGUUUACUUCUAUAUUAAGCCUGUAUAUUCAAGCUUAGUCCUUUAAGGUACAGGGAUAGUACUGAUCUAAUGAAUUCUGUGAAAUUGUAGUUUACCUGUGAAAAUUGAAGAGCUAGUGAGUUAAAGAGAUAAGAAGUUGUAGCUCUGGGUGGCUGAAAAGUUCACUGAAAGAGUCUGAGGUAAUGAAGUGUUUCUUUCUCAAAAAUGACACUUCAUAUAAGGACAAAAAAGGGCUCCAAGGGAUCUGGAAGUUCUGGUAUUCCCUCGCCUCUCCCUCAUGGCUCCACUAUACCUCUGCCAUUUCUGAGGAGAUGCUUUCUCUGUUCUCAAAGCCUUUAAUGAAGGCUGAAUGGCCUCUGGAAGAAAUCUAGAGCUUCACUUUUUCUUUUUUUUUCUCCUUCUGUUUUUUAAUUCAGUGUGGGUUUUUUGUUGUUGUUGUUGUCUUUUCCCUUUUUUUUUUCUUUCUUUUAUAAUCUUUAUUUGCACAGACAGAUGUGGAGGACAGUUUAUUUCCUUCUUCUCUACAAGUCUACUACUUGAUUAAUAUAAUUUCCCAGCUUCAUGUUUGUAGGUUAUACUCCUCACAAAUUGUUAGGGAUCCCUGAUUGUUCUUUUCUGCUGAAGAGGAUCUUUCUUUAGCUGUCCCAUCUGCACCCAGAAAUCUGGUGUUCUGAACUAGAAGUGGCACUCCAGCUGAGGUCUUUUCACAGUAGCAUAUAGUAAGUGGGAUUUCUGUUCUGUACAUUCUUAUGUGGUGUUAACUUUUCUCUAACAGCAGUUAAUUUUCAGUUUGAUCUACCAUAACCUCUUAGAUUCUUACCUAUUUCCUAAUUUGGUUUAUUUCACAGAAUCAUUUACAGAAUGAUUGAGGUUGGAAAGGAUCUCCAGAAAUUAUCUAUUUAAACCCAGGUUGGGUUUAGCUAGAGUAGGUUGGCCAGGGCUGUGUCCAGUUGCAUUUUUAGUAUCUCCACAGAUAGAAACUCUACUGUCUCUUUGGGCAACUUAUUCCACUGUUUGGAUUCUUAGAGUAAAAAAAAGUGUUUCCAUGUGUUUGGGUAGAAUUUCCUGAUUUUUAACUUCUGACCAUUGCCUCUUGUUUUGUCCAUGAGUACUACUGAGAAGAGUCUGGCUUCUUCUUCAUUCUUUUUUCUCAACAAAGUUGGGUUUGCAAACUUUAUAUUCUUUCAUUAGGAUCAUGCUUGACUGGUUGCCUAACAACUCUUGCUUCUGGUAGAAGUGCAGCUAAAGUCGCAGUGAAUCCUUCUGCUGCUUUCCCUAACUGGGCUGUUUCUUCCGAAUAUUUGCUUUGCACUUAGCAAGAAACAGAAGCUUAGUUGACGGAAAACCUUUGUUUUAAUCUGCCUAUGCUCAUCGCUGUGCAUUACCACCUUUCUCCCUAGACAUUUUAGAGUAAAAGGGAGAAAUGUGAUGAAUUUAACUAUCAAACAUUGGUGCUACAAGAAAAUAGGGCUGUCUGUCUUUUGCUCUGAAGUCACUGUUUGUUUUUGCGGGGCUUUUUGUUGUUGUUUGAUUGUUUUUCUGCUGGGAUCUACUGAAGAAUCUGAGUACAAUCCUGCUACUUCUGGUGCUAACUAUAAGAAAUGUGUAAUUUCAUUGGUUUUCUUUAGGUACAGGUAUGUUCUUAUAGCCUAUGUGGAGAAGUCUCAUUGCAAGGCUGCCUGGAUUCAGACAGCCUUGUGUGUGAAGGCAUACUGAAGUUUUGUUUUGUUUUUUAACGUUGAACUUUUUUUUUAGGAAAGAAACAAACUCUCUUCCCCAUAGGAAUAGUAGAAAUCAGUCUCAAGUGUGAUAGACAGUUUCUCUGGGCUGCCUAUUCCAGUGCUUUACCACCCUCGGAGUAAAGAUUUUUCUCUUAAUAUUUAAUCUGUAUCUCCCCUAUUUUAGUUUAAAACCAUUCCUCCUUGUCCUAUCACCAUCAGAUCAUCAACCUGUGUAAAAAGUCAGUCUAUCUCCUGGUUAUAUGCUCCUUCUGAGUACUGUAAGCUCCUUUUGAGUACUGUGAGUUUUAGAGACUUUCCAGAAUGAGGGGAAAUUUAGGUUAGAUGCUAGGAGGAAAUUCUUCACUCAGAGGGCAGUGAGGCAGUGGCACAGCUGC